AUGUUUUCAUUAACACUUAUUGUGGCUUUUCUUGUCAGUGCUAGCAGCAAUUCAAAUUGUCCGAAUCGACAAGCGAUUGAGCAAUCUCUUAAGAAAGUUCAUAUUCCAGGUGCAGCAAUCGUUGUUGUUAAUGCCACGAAUAUACUUUAUGAACAAGGUUUUGGUUACCAUUCUCUAUUACCGAGCAAAGCUAUGGAUGUAGAUCAAUCGGUUUUUGCAAUUGCUUCUAUCUCAAAAACAUUCAUUGCUGUUGCUAUUAUGCAAUUAGUCGAGAAGAAACUUGUUGAUCUUGAUACAGAUGUUAACCAAUAUUUGUCGGAACCUUAUCGAAAAAUCUUUCAUCCAGAUUUUCCAACUAAUCCGAUUACGUUGCGUAAAUUACUUUCACAUUCAUCAUCAAUUGCUGUUGGUGGCCAGUUGCAGAGCACUUUCUUUCAGUUGGGUGAUAGUGCAUUUGAGAAAGAAACGUUGGCUGAUAUGUGUUUUAAAUAUUUGAGUCCAAACGCAUCGAAUUGGUUGCCAAGAUCACCAGGAAAUGUAACGCUUUAUUCUAAUGAAGCUACAUCUUUGGCUGCAUUGGUUGUUGAGCGAGUUACCAAAAUGCCCUAUGAUCAAUAUGUUAAAGAAAAUAUUUUUAAACCAUUGAAUAUUGAUAUUCGGAGAGUUGGUGUUCGUCUGGCUGAUUUUCAAAACAUAGACGCACUCGUUAAGCAUUAUGCAUAUGCUGUCAAUCAGUCCUUUCUUCAACAAUGGAAUCAAGAAAUGCCUCAAUUAAAUAUCAGUCAAAUGAAGGGUAAUCUUUCAACAUGGUUGCAUUUUCCUUUUUUUGGUUUCAGUGGCUAUCCGGCAGGUCUUUUACGAAUGUCAGCUCAUUCUUUAUCUAUUUUUCUUCAAAUGUUUAUCAAUAAUGGAUACCCACUCCUUUCUUCUCAAUCUAUUGUUGAAAUGAAAACAGUAGUUGGUGGUGGUCUUAUCCAACCUUAUAAUAUAAACCCUAACAUUAACUCUACAAAUCAACUUCCACCACGAAGAUACGGACUCUGCUGGCAUUGGCGAACACUAAGUAAUGGUCGUCAAUAUUUAGGUCAUGGUGGUUCUUUACCUGGCAUGACACAUUUGAUGUUAGUUAACGAAAAUCACAACAUUGGUGUUAUUGUGCUUACUAAUGCCGAUACAAAUGCGCCGAUUGAUUUAACUCGACAGAUAUAUGAGACAAUCGAAGAUAUUCAUAUAACGCUUUUUAAAUGUUUUGAAAUUAAUGAUGCCAGUUCAUUCGCCUUUCAUCCCACAAAUAUUUUCUUUUUCAUUUUUUUCUAUUAUGUGACUUUCUUUUUGUAACUUUUGACCAAUAGCAACACAUUUUGUUCAUAGAAUUUUCUCUAUGAAACACGUAGAAUUUUACCUUUAAUACUAUAUAUCAAGUCUUUUCUGUCUUUACUAUUAUUCAAUAGACAAACUGAAAUUAAUCAUGCUCCUCAAUGAAAAUUCCUCAACUUUGAAAGUUUCGUUCAAUUAGUCACUUCUCAUGAUAUAUUAAUUCAUAGUUUCUUUGUAAAUAUCGUGCUGAUCAAACUUUGAUUUCUUAUUUUUAUUGGUUACAAUAUAUCAAGAUUAGAGGUCUGCAAAAGGAUCACGGUCAUACGUGACCGUGACUAAAAAGCCUGGACCACGCAGUUCUUUAUAUAUAUCAAAAAUGAAUAUCAUAAGAUCUAAAUAGAUUUUUAUAAGCCAAUCUUGUUUUAUCAAAAAUCUUUUAUUGCAAUAAUCAUUAGUAGACUUCGAAUCAAUCAUUUCAAUGGACGGAUACCACAGAAAUCGGCACGAAAUAUUGGAAAAGUCACUGUAUCCUGCAGAAAAACCUGGAAAAUCGUAGAAAUAUUGAAAGAAGUCUUCUGGUACGAAGUUUUCCAGUCAGCUGUUGCUGAAAAGCGCAGGGAAGCAGAUCGAAAUCUUUCGAAGGAGUCCAUAAAGUUUCCGGCUCAAUUACUUCUCCCUACUCCAGCGAUUUCCGGUGUUUUUCUGAGAGAAACUCUCCGUAUAAUUUUCAUCCUGGGUCGUUAUUUACUAACGUCUUGUAAUGUCUAUGACUGUAACUGUUACAGAAUCCAUAAAUUCCUCACAGAUAUGAUCGUGAUCGUUGGCUAGCCUCAAAAAAUUGCCGUGACUGUGACUAGCUUAAAAAAAUUACCAUGACCGCAACCGUUACCGUGACCAGGUAGAUCGUGACCAUGAUCGUGACUAAAAAAUCUGGUCACGCAGAUCUCUAAUCAAGAUGGACGACAAAUAUAGAUACUGAAAACAUCCAAAUUACAUAUUCGACUAUUUUGGUAAAGUUUUCACAUUGAAAUGUUUCAUAAAAAAAUUAAUCAAAUAUGUGAAUUCAUUUUUCCUUUUACUUUUUAGAUUCAUCUAGGAAUGCAUGACAAAGAACUUAUUCAAAAAAAAAUGCCUAGCUAUUUCGUACGAGUAACAAUGUUAAUAACAGCAAAUUAUUAGUUCAUCACAUAGAAACUGUAGAAUAUAAAUAAUGUUAUAGUCUCAAUAUAUACUGAA